GAAGUUUUAUGUAAUAGAGUUCAAAUUAGGGAUACUUUCGCAUGAGUUCUGUUCUCAUUAUAAUAUAACGGAACCGUUUCCAAUAAUAAGAGAAAGUAUGAUUACCACUAGUUUUAAAUUGUGGACACAUAUGUUAUAAAUGACCGCUAAAAUUCCACUUUAACACUAUUUUAAUAAAAUGGCAUUAAGAUUGCUUUUUCAUUACACUUGCGUUACUAAUAAUAUGUAGGCUCAUGAAGUUUCGAUAUAUCUUAUAAUUUAAAAUCGGAAGCGAAGAGCUGUGAGAUGACAAGUAAUUAUGAACAUGUGAUCAGAACUGGCGUGGGUUGCGUUCUUGUGGCGUGCUUGUUCGGGAAGUUCUUUGUUGUGAUGACGUAAUUUCAUUCUGUUGUACAGAGGCGUAUUAAAUUGUCAUUUCACACGUUUGGGCAUUUUGGUUAAAGUUAUUUUCGUAGACGAGGAAUAUUUAAAAUUACUACGAAAAAACAUCACUAAACAGAAGGCAAAAAAUGGUAGGAUUGUGGUCGCCAGAUCCUCCACCGGAACCAGAGAAUUUAGAAGAAAAUAAUGCCGGUUAUUUCGUUGUCACUGCUUCAGACGAGGAGCAUGAAGAUGAAGGUUAUGAAGGGUACGAACCCCUAUCCGAUGUGGAUGACGACGAUAAUGACGAGGAAAACGAGGAUGAAGAAAUUGACGAGGAACUAAACCCUCAGUUUACAAAUACUUCAGCAUCUGAUUGUGAUGCACGGGACAGAACAAGGCCUGCUGAUGUUGCCAGAUCUGCAGCAAACUGUCGUGAGUUUUGUAAAUAUUUGUUGCCUGCUCCUGAAGAGAAUAUUGAUGAGGCAGAAUGUGCUUCAAGCUCAUCAACAGGAUGCAACACACAGGAGAGUUCUGAUGGAGUUGAGGCUGGUCCUAGCAGCUCUCGUUUAGAAAUGGGAGAACAGCAAGUUGCAGAUGUAAUGGCUGCAAUGGCAAAUGUCACAUUACCUCCUUCAGCUGUUCCACAGUGGGCAACUGUAGUUCCUGAAGAUCAGUGGAUUCAACACAUUUUGGCCCGAGUGAAACUUCUCCAAAAUAAGAAUAUCAGUGACAAGUAAAUACUCUUUCACUUGAAGUAAUUUCAAGUUGUUUUCUCUGUCUCUAGAGGUUUUUGUAAGAUACGGUGUAAUGUUUCAUUUUGUGCUCCUGUACAUUAUUUGGUCUAUAUUUGAAUGUUAGAAUUUUGAGUAUUGUUCUUGUGUUGCCCGUCUACACCCAAGACUUCUACAUGCAUUCGAGAAGAACAAACCGCUUUAUAUUUGACGGUACUUAAUUUUUUCAACAUGAAUAUGCAAGAUCUUAAAUUAUGCACCAAGAAAUUGUUUUUCAUAAAUUCUGAUGUGGCUGCAUCAGUUGUAAUUUUCAGACUCGAUGCUCUUCUAGAGUCUAGUGUAAAAGCUGAAACCUCAGCUAUGCCUUUUUUAAGUAUCAGAAAAACUAUGUAUAUUAACUGUGUUUUAACUGUAUCAAAUUAACUUACAACUGGUUUCCUAUCUAAAAUAAACAAGGUGGAAAAUGCUCAAAACAUUCCUUUGUAAUAUGACAAUUGGGAGCACGAAGUCAGUACUGUGCUAAGGAGAAGGAGGGAGGGGGGGGUGAAAUAGCAUGCUUUCCAUUUAAGUAUCAGUUGUGUCUUCCAGAAGGGCACAGUAAAACUCCAAGAAUACAAGUUACUCUACUAACUUCCUGUAACUAUUGAUUAUAAACAAUGUAACUUAUGUAAAAUAUCAAGUAAAUCAUUUUCAGUACAGAAUGUGGUUUUGAUUUCAUACAAUACAUAAACAUAACAUAAUUUUUAAGCUGAAUUAUAUCACAGCAACACAUUGUAUACCUUCAACUGUUGUAUGACGGAUGUUUUUAUUUAAUUCAAAAGUUCUCAACUGCUGUUACAUGCACCACCAAUGACAUACAGUAGGAUCAAAGAUGGUAUGCAAGAUCUAUUUGGAAAAAAAUUCUUAUCAUGUUUCUGGAAGGGAUUGUAUUCUGGUACCUUUAAUAAUACAAAAUAGCUAGUGUUAAUUUGUUGUUGUUUUUCAGAACUAGAAAAUAUUUUUUUUAAAGUUUGCAGCUGUUUUUUUGAAAAUAUUUUAUUUUUUAUUCUAAGAUAAAAUUAACCUGAAAUUAAUUUAGAAAGGCUGUUUCAAUUUUGUAAAUUCUAUCUACUAGUUUGAAUAAUUAUAUACAAAAUUAUAAAUGAAAUAUACUUUUGUGUUCC